UUAUUUUUCUUUCCUUCUGUUUUGUUUGCGCUUGCUUUUGUUGUUCGAGAGGACCUAUUUUUCUUUCUGCCUUUUUUUCUGGAGAAGAUCGAAUGGGAAAUGAAAUUGAAUCACAUUUGUUGUGUUGGAGCAGGCCCAUGGAUGACUUGUUUGAUUCCUCGCUGAAUUUGGAGGACACCCAUUACAAGGAAGGCUAUGAUGAAGGCUACAGCCAUGGCCUUGUCGCUGGCAAGGAAGAAGCCAGACAGGUUGGCCUCAAGGUUGGCUUUGAGGUUGGUGAGGAGCUUGGUUUCUAUAGGGGGUGUGUUGACAUUUGGACUUCUGCAAUCCAGCUUGACCCGACCUGUUUCUCUCCAAGGGGCAAAACAAUUAUUGGCCAGAUGGAGGAGUUGAUCCAGAAAUACCCUCUCAUGGAUCCGGAAAAUGUACGAGUGCAAGAGAUCAUGGAUAGUCUUAGGCUUAAGUUCAAGAUGGUUUGUUCUUCAUUGCAUGUUAAACUUGAGUAUAAUGGCUAUCCAAAAUCUUCUACAGAGGCCAAUGAUAUUCAGUUUUGAGCCACUUAAGAUAGUUUCAGUCUUCUAGAGAUAUCCAAGUGUAGAGAAACACUAAGUUGGGUAAGUUGAUGAGCAAAUUACAUGUUAUCAUUUUAUAAACAGUUGUGUAAGUCAUUGUUUAAAUAAUUAUUUUGUAUUAAAAAUGAUAAAGUAUAUAUUGUUUAUGAAUGUAUUCUUGAUAAGUCGUGUAGA